UGGCAAGACAAUGUUUACGACUUUCAAAAUGAAGAGUGAAUCGGAUGAAUCUGUCGGCCCUAUUAGUCCAGGCUAGUUAUUCUAUCUAUAAUUCCUAGACGAAAAACCCAUUGGCCCCUAGGGAUUAUACCAGUUCUUCUAGGAUUGAUCUUAAGUAACAUUGGAGGAGAAUUGUCCAAUGACCCAUCCACGCUAUGGCGACUGAGCCACGACGCUCUUGGUCUUGUGUCUUGACAUCUUAUGGGCAAUCACCGGAAUAGGCCAACCAACCAACCUACGAUAAAUACGUUGAGCUCCUGCCCCGUCUGAAGGAUGGCCGCACACCACGCCCCAUCCACCACCUUGUUGUGUGAGCCCACUUUGGAUGACCUGGAUAGCGACAACACGCUCAUCAGGCCGGGUUUGGAACACGAUGUGGAUGCGGUCAUCCAGCACGAUUCUCUUGACUCCAACCUCCAUCUGACGAGCCUCUUAGCCAAGAACAGUAGCUCCAAGUACGACGAGAGCGACCAAUUAUCGAUCAAGGGCGAAGAUCCGGAGCCCGAGACAUUGUCCGAAAACGAGUCCCCUUUUGAGCGCUGCCAUGUCCACCUCAAAAGCCACGUGAGCUCAGAGAGCCCAGAGCAUGUCCAAGAUUGCCAAGAUGAAUUGGAACCACAAGAGCCAAGGGAUCACUUGUCGGAGUGUCCCAGUCAGGAAUCCGCUGGUGAGGCCCAGGAUCCCCAGGAUCCCGUGUGUCAAACGGGAUGUCAAAUGCGGCCUUACUACGUCAUUCACACGGGUCAUGGCCGUCCACCCCCGCCGGACUACGAAGAGUUCGAGUGCCCGCGCCCCAAAUGCCAGUUCAUCUUUUCCACCUCGUCAGAACGAGACGAGCACGUGGCGGAGGUUCACAAGCCACCCGCUCGCGUGACGUGCGACGUGUGUCAGAAGACGUUCGCCCGCAAAUACGAGCUUCAGAUUCACGUCAAGACCAUUCAUCUCAACAUCAAGGACAACGUGUGCCCCGAAAUUGGAUGCAAUUACCGGACGGCGGAGAAAGGUAAAAUCAAGAAGCAUCUCGAGCAAAAACAUUGGGGUGUGAAGAACUUCAAAUGUAGGCAGUGCGAGUACAAAAGUACCUCCGGGUCGAGUUUGCGCAAUCAUGUCAAAGCCGUUCAUUUGAAACUCCGCGAGUUCAAAUGCGAAUAUUGCGAGUAUCGUGGCGCUCAAAAGAACCAAGUCCAACGGCACAUGGAGGCCAUCCACCUGAAUCUGCGCCAGUAUCAAUGCCCGGAAUGCGACUAUCGAGCCAACCACGAGUCCACGGUCAAGACGCACAUCAAAAACCGCCACCAAGUGGUACGUGACCAUCUCUGUCCACAUUGCGGUUACGGCACCACCAAUAAAACGCAGUUGGAGCAACAUAUCGAGAAGAAGCAUCGCAAUCCUAAACGACGAAAAACCAAGCCCAUCUACGUCUCCGGCUAUCGACUGAAAGAGCCACUACCUCCCAACCUUGUUCAAUCCCAAAUGUCGAGCUCUGCGACUUGACUCGAUGCUAUAUCCCUCUAUGUCAAAAUAUCCAUGGGUACCUCAUAUAUUGAUUGAUCUUU